CUACGUAAAUCGUACGGCACCACAUCAGCUGAUGCUAUAUCAACGCUACACACGAAUUUCCCCGGCCACUUCAUCACCCAGCGCCCACAUUGUGAGCAGCUCCUUCACCUUGCCUGUGCUAUCAUAAUUACUAGCCCAAGGUGUUCUCUCCCGUAAGAUCUACAUCUUCUCCGUCUUGGGAAAUUGAUUUGUUUUCUUCGUCGCGAAGGAUCUCUUCUCGUUUCGUUUGAUAAUGGCUCAGUGGGGUUAUACUGGAGAUAAAGGACCAUCGCACUGGUGUGAGAAGUUUCCCGCUGCCAAAGGCAACCGCCAGUCUCCCAUCGACAUCGUGACGAAAGACGCCAAGAUAGACGCGUCUCUAGGCCCACUGAACAUCGACUACACGUCGGCUGAAUGUACAGAGCUCUUCAACAACGGAUUCACGUUCCAAGUGAAUGUUGCCUCCAGCGGCACCAAUUUAAGCGGAGGACCGCUUUCCAACAACCAUAAGCUUGCCCAAUUCCAUUGCCAUUGGGGCAGCAAGGACGGCCUGGGAUCUGAACACACCGUGGAUGGCAAACCAUACGAUGCAGAGCUCCAUCUGGUCCAUUGGAACACUGAUCUCUUCCAAGCCGUGGGAGACGCCCUGUCACAUGACAAGGGCCUAGCCGUUCUGACGGCAUUCAUCAAGGUCGGCAAGGAGAAUCCUGCCUGGGGACAACUGGUGGCGCUCUUGAGCAAAGUCAAGUGUAAAGAUGAUAAAUGCGCAGUGGAAAAGGGAUUUGAUCCGUCUGUUUUACUUCCUGAGAAUAAGAAAGAUUACUGGACCUACGAAGGAUCCUUGACGACACCGCCGUGCUACGAGAGUGCACGGUUCAUCAUUUAUCGGGAACCCGUCGAGAUAUCUGCACAACAGAUCAAGACACUGCGAGAUCUGCGGUCUCACAAGCAAGGAUGCUGUGCCGAUACCGGCUGCCCGGAACAUCUUGGUGACAACUACCGUCCGACUAUGCCGCUCAAUGGCCGCGUAGUCACAGCAUCCUUCCAAGCAUAAUGUUCUCGAUAGCAAACACAGUAAUAUGAAGUGACAUAUCGAUUCAUGCAUAAGAAAAACAGGAGCAUGCAAAUGUGUAAGUUUAAAGGCAUAUAGGAUCAUUUGCUUUGUUUGUUUGUUUCCUAUUAAUUACACCAAUCAAAAUCCAAAGACGAAAGUUCAAAACCUAACCAGCUGAAGUUUCAGCUCAGUGGAUAUUACACUUUUCGAGAAAACAGUGAAAAACCAUGCACAACCUUUUGAUCACGAAACAUCAUAUUUCGUCAUUAGCGCCCCCUAUUUCCAACAUUCAGUCAAUUGACUGAUUGUUGGAAAUCACCUACAUGUACAUGUCUAUAUUUAUUCUAAAUGACAGCAAGCCGGACAGAAUAAUUUCACGGGGUGUUCAUGUUGUACCAGUACGAGCCUCAAUAUGAGGACACUUUUGUGAAA